AUGAUCGUGCUGAUGUGGAAUAAGUGCUCCUGCUGUCUCCUCUUACUAGCCGCGGUCCUGAUCGUGGAGAGCUCCCAGCUAGACAGCUCCAGCUCCAAGGUGAACUCCAUCAAGUCCACCCUGAUGGGGGAGGCUCCAACUCAGGCAACCAACAGAUCUGCAGGCAUCCACCAGGGACUGACGCUUGCUAGCAGUAAGAAGGGCAAAAUCCUAGAGCAGAUGGGAAAAUCUUCCAAGCACUAUCACCGGCAAGGAGAGGUCUAUCCUUGUACGAAUGACAAGGAAUGUGAAGUUGGGAGGUACUGCCACAGCCCUCACCAAGCAACAUCUGCCUGCACGGUGUGCCGGAGGAAGAAGAAGCGUUGCCAUAGAGACGGGAUGUGCUGCCCUGGGAACCGCUGCAACAACGGUAUUUGCAUACCAGUAACUGAAAGCAUCCUAACACCUCACAUCCCUGCUCUGGAAGGGCCACGCAACAGGAAGAAUGGUCAUUAUGCUAGCAAGGAUUUGGGAUGGCAGAACCUAGGGAGGCCACGCUCCAAGCUGUCACACAUAAAAGGACACGAAGGUGAUCCCUGCCUGAGGUCAUCAGACUGUAUCGAGGGACACUGCUGUGCUCGCCAUUUCUGGACCAAAAUUUGCAAGCCUGUGUUGCACCAGGGAGAGGUGUGCACCAAACAGCGUAAGAAAGGCUCCCACGGAUUGGAGAUAUUCCAAAGAUGUGACUGUGCCAAAGGGCUGUCUUGCAAAGUAUGGAAAGAUGCGACUUCCUCUUCUAAAUCCAGACUUCACGUGUGCCAGAAAAUCUGA